GGAAAGGCGAAAAAAUGGCGAUGGUGAAAGUUUGAAGGGGACCGCCAAACAGAGCCGAGGAGACCCGGCUAACACCGCCUGAAAAGUGCCCGUGAGGACAAGCAAGAAGGUGACAUUUCCCGCAGUGAAGAUGUUUGAGGACGUGUUUGAAAGCUCCGACGUUCUCGAACCUCACACGCCACUGCUGAGUGACGUGGAGCCGUGGGGGCGGGGCUUGGAGGAGGAUGCCAGCCUGAGUGUGGGACAGUUUGUGCUCUGUCAUUGGUCAGAUGGACUCUACUACCUGGGCAAGAUACUCAGGGUCAGCCCGCCCAGGCAGAGCUGCUUCGUCGCAUUUGAGGACAACUCCAAGUUUUGGGUCCUGUGGAAGGACAUUCAGCACGCCGGCGUGCCGGGAGAGGAGCCGCGUUGCUCCUUGUGUCGGGAGGCGGAUCCCAACUCCGACAGUCAAACAAACCAAAUUCUCAUUUGUGGAAAGUGUGGCAUAGGCUUCCACCAGCAGUGCCAUGUUCCUCCUGUAGAGGGCAGCAGUGACAGUCCCUGGUUUUGUAGACGCUGUGUCUUCGCCCUGGCUGUCAGGAAAGGGGGCGCUCUGAAAAAAGGGCCAAUAGCCAAAGCUCUGUUAGCAAUGAAGCAGGUUCUGUCGUACGACCUGGAUGCUCUGGAGUGGGACUCUCAGCAUCGGACCAAUCAGCAGCAGUGUUACUGCUACUGUGCAGGACCGGGAGAGUGGUACCUGAAGAUGCUGCAGUGUUUCCAGUGCCAGCAGUGGUUCCAUGAAGCGUGCACGCAGUGCCUCCAGGACGGCAUGAUGUUCGGGGACAGGUUCUUCUUCUUCCUGUGCUCCGUCUGCAACAAGGGAGCCGAGUACGUCCGGCGUCUGUCCCUCCGCUGGGUCGACGUGGUCCACCUGGUCCUGUACAACCUGUCGCUGAGCAACAAGAAAAAGUACUUUGAGCUGGAUGAGAUCCUGGCUUUCGUCUCCUCUAACUGGGACCAGUUGCAGCUGGGGAAGUUGUCCAACACUCCUCCAGCAGACAGAGGGCAGCACCUGCUGGACGCACUCAACAAAUACAAGAGCAAGUUUCUGUGCGGGAAGGAGAUCAAGAAGAGGAAGUGCAUCUUUCGCCUGAGGACGCGCGUUCCCCCCACACCGCCCUCCAAACUAUUCCCCGAGCGUGCUCACUAUGAAGUGGGGCGGGGCUGUAAGAAGGGUGUUGUUAGGACCAGUGCUUCAUCAGAGAGGAGGAAGAGGAAGUCAAAGUGGUUAUUGGAAGACGCCAUCCCCAAUAAUGAGCUGACAUGCAGUUGGAUGUGUAAUCACCACAUGGCCAACAUCUUUGACUUCACCCUGGACGAACUACACAAGCUCAGGAGUGGGCCGUCGAGUGUUGACCAGGACUCCACGGAUGUUUCCACGUCAGGUUCUGUCAUCACCAGUAGCUCCUACCAGCCAGCCAGGCGAAAGGUGGGCAGCAGGAAGAGGAAGUUGCCCAGCUAUGCCAAUAACCAGUGGACCAAUCACAAUGAGGCAGGAGAGGAUCUCGGCGAGGAAGAAGCUUCCGCCGCCGGGGACGACGCGGGAUACGCGGUCGACCCCUCCCCCUUCCUGUCAGACCCCUCCGACUCGUCCCGCCUGCAUUCCUCCAUCUCGUCAUAUUUCGGCGCCUCGUGCCGGCUGAUCAGCGGUGAGAGGUAUCAGGUGCUGGCUCGCCGCGUCACCGCCGAGGGGGCGGUACAGUACCUGAUGCAGUGGGAGGGGUCAGCGCCUUAUUAGACGCGGGGCUUUUAUUUAUUCCUUAGAAUUUUGCUCGGCGUCACCUUUCCACAACAAAGUUCAUGGGAAAUCUUCCCACUCAGACCCACAGCACACAAAGACCUGCCGACAUGUUCGCAUUUUUGACUUUUAGAGCCACAUUUGCAGUGAAACUGAUCAGCGUUCUGUGCUUUUAUGUAUUUAUGCUGAGUGCUUAUUGACAGUGUAGCAAUAUUUGACAAAUAUUUCAACUACUUCCUUAUUUCAUGAAUUCAUACGGUUGUUUGAGCCAAACAAAGUCAAUAGUACACAAUAACUAAACAA